UAACCAUCAGAUGUGCCUCAACUGACACUGGCGUUGGGCGCCAACAUUGCCAAUCAGAUCCGCGAGGGAAGUGACGUGUACUUCGAGUGCACGAUUGUGGCCAACCCGUGGGUCAUUGACGUCGGCUGGCUAUUCGAGGGCCGACCCCUCUAUAGCGACACUUCCAACGGUAUUAUUGUCAGCAAUCAGUCGCUGGUCUUGCAAAAGGUCCGCCGCGAGCACAGGGGUCGCUACCAGUGCACCGCCACCAACGCCGAGGGCUCGGCCAACAGUAACAAAGAGUUUUUGAAAGUUAAUUUCGCGCCGGUGUGCCGACCCGGACAGACCAUUAUCUACGGCGUGGCCCGCAAUGAACGCGUGAACAUCACCUGUGAUGCGGACGCCGAGCCCAACGCCGACAUGACUUUCCGGUGGCUUUUCAACAACACUGUGGACUCGUUUGAGAUGAAGUCGUAUGUGAUUAACGGCUCGCAGAGUGUGGCCUCCUAUGUGCCCCACAAUCGGGGUAAUUAUGGCACUGUGUUGUGUUGGGCGCACAAUAUUAUCGGCAAACAAAAAGAGCCCUGCGCCUUUAGCAUCGUAGCAGCUGGAGAAUUUAAUGGUAAACUGUUUGAGCGCACGGUUUGCCUCUAA